AUGUCUCGCCGAGACGAUGAUCUGGCAUAUGGUGACUACCAUGGGCAGGAAGGCGAGGAGGGCGAUCGCGGGCUUAUAGGUGACAUGGGUCGGCGUUUUGGCUUUGGCAGAAAAGAGAACAACCAACCCUCAUCCUCAUCCUCACACCAAAACAGCGGCGGCAUGUCGUUCUUCAAGAAGCUCCACGACCCUCUUCACGGCUUCGUUUCCGAUCUAAAGGAUGCCAUAUCCGGAGACGAUAAUGCGCAGAAACCCCCACCGGGUACAUACCAACAACAAGGAGGGCAGACACAGCCAGGGCAAGAGUACCACGAGCAACAUCGCUUCUUGAGCUUCGCGCCUGAACGACAUGGCAACGAGACCAAGUGGUAUGUUGAUGGAUGCAGCUACAUGUAUGCUGUCUCCAUAGCUUUGGAGCGCGCCAAAGAGUCGAUAUGGAUACUUGACUGGUGGCUUUCUCCCGAGCUGUAUCUUCGCCGACCGCCAGCGAAGAACCAACAGUACCGGGUCGACCGGAUGCUACAGGCAGCAGCAGAACGCGGCGUCAAGGUCAACAUAAUCGUGUACAAGGAGGUUACGCAAGCUCUGACUCGUAAGUUUUUGAAUCCAACGUUACCCGACUAUCUUCAUUCUCUUCUACCGAGUUCGACGGAUAGUUUCACUAAAGGCCUUACGCGGGUCGGCUUAGAUGUCAUAUUCAAGAGUCUUGAAGAGUGGGAAAAGACAGAUCCGCUGAUUGCCCCUCCUAUUACAGUCUCCUCAGCUCAUACCAAACACCACUUGGAAGAUCUCCACCCCAACAUUGGUGUUUUCCGACAUCCCGACCAUCUACCAGAUGCGGCGGUAUUACAGUCAUCUUUCUUCGCAGCCAUGAAGAACAUGUCUUUCACCCCAGCAAAGCUCGCCCAGCUUCCCGGAGACGGCCUAAAGGCGAUUUACGGUGCUCACGAGGGCACUGUCAUGUACUGGGCGCACCACGAGAAGCUCUGCCUGAUUGAUGGACAUAUUGCAUUCAUGGGCGGACUGGAUCUUUGUUAUGGCCGCUGGGAUACUAACCAGCACGCAAUUGCUGACGCACAUCCUGGCAACAUCGAUCGGAUAGUGUUCCCAGGUCAGGACUUCAAUAACGCCCGCAUGUUGGACUUUCAAGAUGUCACCAACUGGGAGAACAACAAACUCGAUAGGACGCAAAGCUCUCGUAUGGGGUGGUCUGACGUAGCUUUGUGUAUCUCUGGUCCAGUCGUACAAGACCUUCGUACUCAUUUUGCGCAACGCUGGAACUUCAUCUACGACGAAAAGUACAGCAAAAAAGCUACUAGAUAUGCCAGACUACCGGAGACAAGCAGCGGAGCUCAACAGGCUCCAAUGCAACAGCGUGGAUUCGAAGGUGAAGAAGAGGGUCAGCGCGGAUUUGGUCGUGAAGAAGAGGGCGAGCGUGGACUGUUCGGACAUGGUGCUGGCGGACAUCUUCGCCAAAAGAUGCAGAGCAAAUUUGACCAGUACGGCCAGGAGCACUAUGGCCAGCAACAGUCGCACGCGGAACACAGCUCCCAGAGUGGCGGCGUGGAUUGCCAGAUCACACGCAGCUCUGCCAAAUGGAGCCACAACCUGGUCACUACUGAGCACUCUAUUCAGAACGCUUACUGCGAGAUCAUCCGAAACAGUAAGCACUUCAUCUACAUCGAGAACCAGUUCUUCAUCACCGCCACCGGUGAUCAACAGAAACCGAUCAAGAAUAAGAUCGGUGCUGCCAUGGUUGAACGCAUCGUUCGCGCUGCACGCAAUGGCGAGAAGUACAAGAUGAUCGUCAUGAUUCCUGCAGUGCCAGCAUUUGCUGGCGAUUUGAAGCUUGACGAGGCACUGGGUACCCGCGCUAUCAUGGAGUUCCAGUAUGACUCGAUAAACCGCGGCGGUCACUCAAUCUAUGAAGAGAUCGCUAAAGCCGGAUUCAACCCUAUGGAUUACAUCCGAUUCUACAAUCUUCGUAGCUACGACCGCAUCAACUCCAGCCAGAUUAUGAAAGAGGCAGAGCAACGUAGCGGUGUCUCGUACAAUCAAGCCUCAGAAGGUUACGAUGCGGCACAUGACAACGCUCGCGGCUACCAAGCUUACCGUCCACCGCCAUCCCAGGAGUAUGGAGUAUACGAAAUGGACGGCUCCGGUCGCCCUCCCUCUCAAGGCAGGCCUGAUGCUGGCCCGCAGAGCCAUGGCAGACCAGGUGAUUACGACCGCUACCAACAGGAAGCAACUAAGAUUGGUGGUCGUCAAGGCCUCGGCGACGGGCGCUGGGACACUGUCAGUGAGUGCUACAUGCUUGGUGGAGAGGACAUCCGCAGUGUGCCUUGGGAAGGUAGUGCUGCCGACGAGAUGGAUGCUUUCGUGUCUGAGGAGCUGUACAUCCACAGUAAGCUUUUGAUCGCCGAUGACCAGAUCGUCAUCUGCGGCUCUGCGAACCUCAAUGAUCGCUCCCAGCUCGGCGACCAUGACUCUGAGAUUGCGGUUAUCAUCCAGGACCCGAAGCCGGUUGACUCAUACAUGGACGGACGACCGUACCGUGCAUCCGAAUUCGCUGCUAGUCUUCGCAGAGAACUUUUCCGGAAGCACCUUGGUCUCCUCAAGCCCCAGGAUAUGGAGCGUCCGGAUGCCAACUACCAGCCCAUUGGUGUUCCCAACCAGUACGACUGGGGCUCGAAUGAAGAUCGUCAAGUCGUAGACCCAUUGUCCGAUGACUUCCAGAAUUUGUGGAACUGGAGGGCGCACACCAACACUCAAGCUUUCGGCAAGGUGUUCCAUCCUGUACCGAGCGACGAGGUCAAGAACUGGAAGCAGUACGACGAAUACUACUCUCGGUUCUUCGGACAGGAUCAGAAGGCGAAGGAGAACAAGAAACCUUCCUUGUACAAGUGGGGCCAUGUGGUCGCGGAGAACUUUGCACAGGGCGAGCAGGGUGUACGUGAGGUCAAGGAGGUGCUCAGCAGUAUCAAGGGAAAUUUGGUGGAGAUGCCUCUGCUUUUCUUAAAGGAAGAAGACAUCGCGCAGGAAGGUAUGGGACUGAACGCCGUCACUGAGGAGCUCUACACCUAG